CGCAGUCUGACUGGCUGGCCCGGCUGGGAGCGGCGCGGCUCGGGUCCCGCCCGGCAAGUGGCCCCGUUCCAGCCGUCUCGGGUUAGACCAUGGCCCACCCAGCCCGGGGGCCGUCACCCCGGCGGGCUCGGUGAAAGACGCCGGCUCCCCCCGGACCCCGCCCCCCGCCCCCGGGCUCCGACCUCGGGCGCUCCGGGCCGCUCCCCUCGCUGGGAAACUGCCGGGCCGCCGCUGGGAGAAGCAGGCCCGAACCUCGUAGGGCCUCGGGCCCGGGGACCCGAGGAGGAUGAGCUGGCUCUUCCCCCUGACCAAGAGCGCCUCCUCCUCCGCGGCCGCGGGGUCCCCCGGCGGCGGCCUCACCAGCCUCCAGCAGCAGAAGCAGCGCCUGAUCGAGUCCCUCCGGAACUCCCACUCCAGUAUAGCUGAAAUACAGAAAGAUGUGGAAUACAGAUUGCCCUUCACUGUAAACAACCUGACAAUUAACAUUAAUAUAUUACUUCCUCCACAGUUCCCUCAGGAAAAACCAGUGAUCAGUGUUUAUCCACCAAUCCGACAUCACUUAAUGGAUAAACAAGGAAUAUAUGUUACCUCUCCAUUAGUAAGCAAUUUUACAAUGCACUCAGAUCUUGGAAAGAUUAUCCAGAGUCUGUUGGAUGAGUUCUGGAAGAAUCCUCCAGUUUUAGCUCCCACCUCAACAGCAUUUCCAUACCUGUACAGUAACCCAGGUGGGAUGCCUCCUUAUGCUCCUCAGGGUUUUCCAUUUCUUCCUCCAUAUCCUCCUCAAGAAGCUAACAGGAACAUCACUUCUUUGUCUGUUGCUGACACUGUUUCUUCUUCAACAACAAGUUAUACGACAGCCAAGCCUGCUGCUCCUGCAUUUGGUAUCCUUUCAAGUCUGCCAUUGCCUGUUCCCACGAUGGAAACUUCAACGCCGAUAAACCAAAAUGGUUUUGGUUACAAGAUGCCAGAUGUCCCUGAUGCAUUUCCAGAACUCUCAGAACUAAGUGUGUCACAACUCACAGAUAUGAAUGAACAAGAAGAAGUAUUACUAGAACAGUUUCUGAGUUUGCCUCAACUAAAACAAAUUAUUAAUGACAAAGAAGACUUAGUAAAAAGUAUUGAGGAAUUAGCAAGAAAAAAUCUCCUCUUGGAGCCCAGUUUGGAAGCCAAAAGACAAACUGUUUUAGAUAAGUAUGAGUUACUUACACAAAUGAAAUCUACUUUUGAGAAGAAGAUGCAGAGACAACAUGAACUGAGUGAGAGUUGUAGUGCAAGUGCCCUACAGGCAAGAUUGAAAGUAGCUGCACAUGAGGCUGAGGAAGAAUCGGAUAAUAUUGCUGAAGAUUUCUUGGAGGGAAAAACUGAAAUAGAUGAUUUUCUCAGUAGCUUCAUGGAAAAAAGAACAAUUUGCCACUGUAGAAGAGCCAAGGAAGAGAAACUUCAACAGGUGAUAGCAAUGCACAGCCAAUUUCACACUCCGUUAUAGAUUUUCCUGAAAACAUGAACUGCCAAGAGAAAUGGGACAUAAAACUAAGUACAUUGUUUUAGAUUUAAGUUUGCAAGUUGGCAUUUCAUUACAAUGGCUGGAUUCGGAUGUACUCUACACCUUGUUUAAAGAACUGAGACUGAUUUUAUAUAGAUUAGAAUGAUUGUUAUGAUCUCUGCUUUGAAAAUUUCUCUGCAGUAUUUGCACUAAAAAUGUUUAUUUAUCAUUGAUAAAUCCUGUUCUAUUUAAAUUUCACUGCUAUACUUAUGAUUAAAUACCUUAUGCAUGUAAUUUUAGUUUUAAUAUUUUAUAAAACUACUCAAAUUUGUAGUUUUAAUUUGAAACUGCCUCAUUUCUUUAUCAAGAAUGAUAUCUAUUUAGAUUAUUUUCCUCUCAGUUUUUAAAAAACUUUCAGCUGUGUAAAAAUACCCACACCCUCCCUUUUUCCUUCUUUCAAAGGCAAU